UAUAAACAUAUCCGCAAUAUAUCAAUAUCUGUAUGAUUGUGGUUUGCAUCAAGGCAUUCCGUUUUGGAUUUUUUAAAUUUGGAUACUUGGAAUUGAGGAACAGUCCAGGUUUCUUGAGGGACCUGAAAGGUGAUUUGAAAUAAAAUUUAUUAUUUAUCAAUAUUAUCAUUACUACUCUAUCCCAGAUUGGUAAGCAGUCAAAAUGUAAAUAUUGCCUCCAAGUCUUUUCUACCUUAUUUACCCAACAGACCUCUGCCCCCUCAUCCCACCACACUCCCCCAUCCAUCUUUCCGGUCCUUGGAGAACUGCGUGGUCUGAUGGCAGAGAGGACAAAAGGCUUCCUCAGUCUGUUUGUGGACAUCAGUCUGUUGCUGAGUGUGCUCUCCUUUGUGUGAAGACCGAGUACAGAGCUGCGUUUUUCAUGACUUGGACGACACCGUCUGUGCUGCUGUCCCUGCCUCCACAGUUCAGCUUCAUUCAACAACCAAGCUUCCCUUUAAUAUCACACCAGCUUUUGGUGCUCUUCUUAUUUAAUGCUGCACCUGCUGUAACAAGUUUUAUUGUUUAUUUCUUCCAGUGUAUUCAUCUAAAUUUGACUGCAAUGACACUGAUUUGGCUGUAGAGGGCGACAACCGCUCUAUUUAAUGUUAAGAGGCAGACGAAGAAGUACUCUUUGUUUACGAUUGUUGGGCACAUUUCUGCCCCCUAAUGUCUGGUUUUAAUUGGACAGACAAAAUAAUCCUUUAUCUUUGCAUUUAAAAAAUGUUAAACAGCUCAUUUAAUGAUCAGAGCCAGCUAGAAUGCGGAGGCGCAGGCGGCGGAAGUCUGCUUCUCCAUGACUCCCGUAGCUCCGCAGACGGGAUCUCCUCCUCCAAGUUCCUGAAGGCUGAGCUGGAGCUCAACGCCCAUCUGAGGGGCCUGACAUUCAGCGAGCCUGUCCGCCACAUUUACAAUCCGCUGGAGUAUGCCUGGGACACCCACCGCUGCUACGUGGAGAGGUACUGCCGCGCCGGGCAGAGCGUCCUGUUUUUGGGCAUGAAUCCUGGACCCUUCGGCAUGGCACAGACCGGGGUCCCUUUCGGUGAGGUCAGGUCAGUUGUUGAUUGGCUGAAGAUCACAGGAGAAGUUGGUCGCCCUGACAACGAGCAUCCCAGGCGUCCCAUCGUGGGUCUGAGGUGCACCCAGCGUGAAGUGAGCGGGGCUCGGUUCUGGGGCCUCUUCAAAAAACUGUGCGUGGAACCAGACCGUUUUUUCAAGCACUGCUUUGUUCACAAUCUGUGUCCACUCGUCUUCAUGAAUCACGGUGGGAAGAAUCUAACCCCCCCGGAGCUGCCUGCAGCUGAGCGGGACGCCCUCCUGGCCAAUUGUGACAGCGCUCUGUGUGAAGUGGUGAAGGAGCUCCGCUUCUCUAUGGUGAUCGGUGUGGGGCGGGUGGCGGAGCAGCGGGCCCGCAAGGCGCUGUCCGCUGCAGGGCUGAGCGUUCGGGUGGAAGGCAUCAUGCAUCCAUCACCCAGAAACCCGCAGGCCAACAAGGGCUGGGAGGAAGCUGCAAAAACCAAACUGGAGGAACUUGGAGUUCUUUCCCUUCUGUGCAACACUUCUGAAGAACAUGGUCUUCUGCACUGACGUCAGUGUCAUCAAUGACACUGACAGAAAACAGAACUUUUUAUACAGGUCGAGAAACGAGCUUUGGAAACAUUUUCUGAUUUGUUAGAAAGUUUCUUGCUCUUAUAGGCUUGGGAUCAAACAGAGCGUGCUUCAUCCUAAGGUCAGAAAGAAGGAAGGUCUUCCUCCUUCAGGAUUUUUUAGACAGUGGAAUUUAUGUUUUCCAGGUCCUGAAGCAACUAAAAACCCCUCAGACCAUCACACUCCCACCACCAUAUUUCUGUUAGUGUGUUUCUUUUCUAUGAAAAGAAACUUUUCUAUGAUUAGAUCAUUUGUUUUCAUUGAUGGCGUCUUUUAUAUUGAUCCUCAACCUGCAUUGAUGCUGCUGGUUGUCUAUCUACUCUUGCUCCUUCUGAUCUGUUUUGGUUUUUGCCACUGAAGUGCUGUUUGAACAAUUCUCUCUGAGAAGCCAAAAACUUCACUCUGGAAGCAGUUCAUUAGAAAUUUGCCUCCAGGUUUUAGGCAGACCAACCCCACUCCUCCUCCCCUCCCCGUUGCUGAGAGCUCUCAGUUUUCAUGCUCUCCCGCUAGCUUACAGCCUCUCACAUCCCCAAACUAAUAACCGUUUGAGGCAAAUACCAGUUUUCACCUUAAUGUUCUUUAUGUAUGUCCUCCAUCUUUAGAAAAAUCCCAACCAUAACAUAUAAAAACCCAUCAGAGUGGGUCUUUCAUUCUUGGUUCGUCAGAUUUUUCCUACAGAACUCUGAAGAACUUUCCUGUUCUUGCUCAGGUUUUUGUGAUGAACUCUGUUGUGCAGGUCCUUGUUCUCUGUCAGUUUCAUAUGGUGGAGUUUUUAACUCUGCGGUUGCUUAUCUGGGGUCUUUUGUGACUUUUAGAAUGAGUUGCAUUGUACAUUUUGGGUAAUUUUGGGGUUCCUGUGGGAAGGUUCACCACUGUUCCAGGUGUCUUCAUUCGUGGAUAACGGCUCUGUAGUUCUCUGGUGCCCCAAAGCAUCCAUAAACGUAAUUGUUUUUUUUAGAUUGCAGCAUAUUGAAGAUCUCAACUUUGUCUGGCAGGUCCUUUGAACUGGUUUCUUGAUGGAGAAAAGCAGUCAUCAGUGGUUAGAAAGAAUAAACUCAGCUCUCCAAAGACGGACCACAGGUUGAGCUCAAACAUCCAAUGUGGCAAAAAGUAGGAAAUCAGAACAGCAGCAAACACUUUCUCACACUACAGGAGCUGAACAAUUGUGUGUUUUUUUCUUCAUGUUUACAUUUGAAACUCAGGUUUUGUGUAACUUUUAGAGAUACUAGAAAAAUGGUUUAAUGGGUUUUACACUAUAUUACCAAAAACCUUUUCUCACCUGCCUUGACUCAAAUGAACUGAAGUCCCAUUCCUGAGUUCAAUUUGAUGUCGGUCCACCUUUUGCAGCUUUUACAGCUUCAAGUCCAUUGGGAAGGCUGUUCACAAGGUUGAGGAGUGUGUUCUGUGAUGUCACAUGGGUGAUGUCACACACAUCGAUGUUGAUGGAGAAGUCCUGACUCUCAGUCUCCGCCCUUAUUCAUCCCAAAGGUGUUCUAUGGGGUUCAGGUCAGGACUCUGUGCAGGCCAGUCCAGUUCAUCCACACCAGACUGUCAUAGCGGCGGCCGUGGUGCGGUGGUAGGGCGGUCGACUUCUGAUCGGAAGAUUGCAGGUAUGAUUCCCGCACUGCCGGCCCCAUGUGUCUUGUCUCUGGUGGAAGGUUGGUGCCAGCGUUCAGCAGUGGAGCCGCCAUCAGUGUAUAAAUGUGUGAAUGUGACUGUAAAGCGCUUUGGGCCUUCGAAUACGGUAGAAAGUAUAUAAGUAUACACCAUUUACCGUCCAUGUCUGUAUGGACCUUGCUUUCACAGUCAUGUUGGAGGAGGACAGGGCCUCUCCAAACUGUUCCCACAAGGUUGGCAGCACGGAAUUGUCCAAAAUGUUUUGGUGUCCUGAAGCAUUCAGAGUUCUUUUCACUGGAACUAAGGGGCCAAGCCCAAGUCCUAAAAAUCAACCCCACACCAUAAUUCCUCCUCCACCAAACUUCACACGGCACCAUGUCAAAUGUACUGUUCUCCUGAGAACCUCCAAAUCCAGACUGGUCCAUCACAUUGCCAGAUAGAAAAGUGUGAUUCAUCACUCCAGAGAAGGUGUCUCCACUGCCAUAGAGUCCAGUGGCGGUGUACUUUACACCAGUGCGUCCGACGCUUUGGUUGAUGUGUGGCUUGGAUGCAGCUGCUCUGCCAUGGAAACCCAUUCCACAAAGCUCUCUGUGUACUUUCCUUGGGCUAAUCUGGAAAUCACAUGACUUUCUGAGCUCUGAAGCAAUUGGCUGUGCAGAAAGUCGACGAACUCUUUAGGCUAUGCGCUUUAGCAUCCUCUGACCCCUCUCCGCCAGUGGCCCACAACUUUGUUGCAGAGUUGCUGUUGUUCCCAAACUUCCAAUUUGUUUUGAUAGAGCUGACUCUGGGAUAUUUAGGAGCUAAGAAAAUCUCACCACUGGAUUUGUUGCACAGGUGGCAUCCUAAGACAGUUCCACGUUGGAAUUCACUGGGCUCCUGAGAGCGACCCAUUCCUUCACAAAUGUUUGUAAAAACAGUCUGCAUGCCUGGCUGCCUUAAUUUAUACACCUGUGGCCAGACCAAGUGAUUAGGACACCUGAUUCUGAUCACUAGGAUGGGUCAGGCAAUACUUUUGGUAAUAGCAUAUAUGGGGUAAGAUGGAAAAUCUGUUAAAAAUAUUUUUUUGAGAUUUUGAUUUUUAGACCUUUUAAACCCGUUAAGCUCAAAGAUGUUGGAUAAUGUAACUGAAAGUAGCUCAAUACUGGUUUAUUGAAAUGCAAUUUUACAUGUGGAGUUAACGUUUUCAGCUUGUUUUAUCUUGUCAACACAUUUUUAUGUACCUUUAUUGUGUCUGUUUCAUAAAAUUAUAAUGUUUUGCCACAAAAAAAAAACUGGAAAACAAAAGCAAAGGAACCUCUAACUUUAUAUUCACCCCUAUGAUCUCUGCAUUAUGAAUAAAUCCAAUGAAAUUUG